UCUAUCUAUCUAUCUAUCUAUCUAUCUAUCUAUCUAUCUAUCUAUCCCCAAAUCUCACUGUACUGUACAGUAGCAGGCGAUCCUCGACUGAGUUGUAACAGGGGGAACAACUGUUUGGUUUUGGCCCUCUGACGUCACGUCCAUUCCCACAAUGCCAUAGUAACACGACUGCGCACUCGCGCUCGUGGACGCGCACCAGCAGACAGCCCAUCACACACACACACAGAGAGAGAGAGAGAGUGAGAGAGAGCGAACAUGGCGGGCGCCUCCGACCCUCUGGAAGACAUGCUCUUCUCCGAGGUGGACGAGAAAGCCGUGAGCGAUCUGGUGGGCUCUCUGGAGUCUCAGCUUGGGGGCCAGACCGACCCGUCCGCCGGGCAGCCCGAAAACACUCGCGGCAAGCAGCAGCAGGCAGGAGCAAGAGCGCAGCUGCCCGCUCAUGACUCUCCAUCACAACCACAACAACAAGCACAGCAGCAGCAGCAGAACGCGCGCAAAGCAACGCGCAACCCGGAUCCAGACCCGAAAGAUGUCAGCCCGGAAAAACACGCGAAAGCUCCGGAGAAGGAGAGCGCGCUCAAAUCACAUGGCAGCAUCAUUAUCAUCACCGCGGCUGCAGCAUCCGACGCUCCUGCGCCGGGCAACAAAGGUGCGGACACCCGCAAGAAACACCCGACGCGCUCCCUGCGCUCAGCGGCAUCACACAGUCUCAAUGGCAACGGCGCGGCAGCAUCAGCAUCCGUCUCCAGCACCACCUUCACUGUGUCCAGCAACCCGCAGGCGAUCGCGCUGGACCGCGGGACGCCCACCAUCGCCCUGCACCGACUCCCGCGUCACAUCAUCGCCAGCAUCGCGCAGAAGGGCAACGGCACGUCCGUGUCCGCGCUGGUCCAGCAGGGCGCGCGGGUCAACCACAGCAAAGCGCCCGCGGAGGCCAACGCGAAGCCCGCGCUGAGCUGCUCUCCGCCUCCGCCUGUCAAACCCGCGGUGGCUCCGGUCAUCAGACCCGCGCAGACGCAGACGCAGAGGCUCGUGGCGCCGCAGCUGAUUGUCAGACCUCCGCCGCCACAGCAGCAGCCGCAGCAGCAGACCACCAUCCAGCUGCCACCCGGGUUCACCAUCCCACCAGGAAUGGUUCUGGUGCGCACAGAGAUGGGUCAGCUGGUGAUGGUUCCUCAGCAGGCUCUGGCUCAAGCUCAGGCUCAGAACAGCAUCUCACCGCGGCCCUCCACACCCACGAGCGUGGCCACAUUCAGAGUCACGACCCCACAGUCUCCUGUUAGCGCUCCGGCUAUUCGUCCUGCUCCUGCGGCUCAAACGAAACUAGUCCAGUCCAGCUCCCCGAGCCCCGCAGCCCAGACCAGCACCACACCCGGACCCACUAAGGCCCCCGUGGCAGCCGCCGUGGCAGUGACAGCAGCUCCCCAGCAGCUUCAGCCGGCCCUCGGCCCCCAGGGGCCCCUCACUCAGAUGCCACUGGCCCCGCAGAGUGCAGCCGCCGCAGCCCCCGGAGCUCCGGUCGUCUCCCAGGUCCAACUUUCUCUCUUUAUCUAUUCUUUUUCUCGGCUUCGCUGAGUGACUGCUGGAGCCUAGAGCGUCUCUGGUGCACAUACACACAUAUGCACACACACACACACACACACACAUAUAUGCACAUGCAUAUGUAGAUAUACAUACACCCAGCUGCUAGCAAACACCAGACUAACACAUCUGGGUGUUUUUGCAGAGACACACACACAUACAUACACAGAUGCAUA